AUGAAGGUCAUCCGUGGCUUCCUUCUAGCCUUGGCUUCUCAGAGCACUGGCACCCUGGCAGUUGAACCAGGCAACUCUGUCAGGUCCCCCUAUGCAGAUGUGCCGCUAACCAGUUGGCCCAUGUUGACGACGCAUGAUGCCGCAACCGGAUACAUGCAAAAUCCGCUAGAUCCCAGAGUCACCUGGGGUCAGACACAGCCUGCGUCCAAACAUGCUUUUACCCAGCAGCUGAAUUGUGGAGCACGUGCCUUUGACAUGCGGCUACAUGUCACCGACGAGGGCAAAGUGGUGUUUCAUCACGGUGAUGUUGAGAUAAUGCAGGACGCCGAGACUGCCUUAGCGGAGAUCGUGCAGUGGGCGCAGCAACAUCCGGCUUUAGAAGAUUUUGUGUUGAUUUACAAUUGGGACUGUACGGGAGUGAACUGUAGCACUAAAGUCGCAGAGCUUCUCGCGAAAUAUGGACUGGCGACACUGGCAAACUGCAGCCAGUUGAACCUCACUCUCAGUGCAGCAGCAUCCAUGGCGAGUUUGCCGCACGGUGGUCAUGUCCUCGUUGUGAACGACUGUGUUCAGCAGCAUUACAACGAAAGUCUGGCAUGCUCCGGGUUUGACCACUCCUUCGACGCAUCCGACAUGGCUGAUCUUGCAAGAGACUUGCCACACUGUCUGGAGCUUCAUAAGGCGUCGGUAGACGAACUGCUCCUCUGCGGACAUCAGCUGCAACAGCGACAUGCGGCAACUGCUCCCACGUCUGCUGUUGGCUAUUACCAGUGCUGGGUCGGUGCUUCGGGGCACGACUUCGCCGUCCAGCGCUUGUUGGGCUACCUGACGGGGGUGGCAUCCAAGCCCCUGCCAGCCGACAGCUUCACAGAACUGCAGGCAUUGUGGCAGGAAACGCCGCAGUCCGUGGCGAUUGGCGUGGCACAUUUUAGCUCUCUCCUCAAGGACGAGGAGCAGAGCCAGCUAAAUGCACUCAUGGUGCAAAAGAUUCGCAGCGGCGCCUUCGGGCACAUCAGCUUGUUUGAAGUGAAUAACGUCUGUGACCAUGGACUGGAGAUGGUGGCGGCACUGCGCUUUCAUCUUGAACGGUCGUUGACCACGGGCUGGGCGGGUUGCAAGGAUCUUGCAGCACGAGCCGGUCCUAUGAGAGUGGACGGCACCUGGUACAGGACGAUCUGGCUGAAGGAUCCUGACGUCGUUCAAAUCAUCGAUCAGAGGCAUCUGCCACACCAGUUCGUGAUAGAGGAUGUCCGCUCUUUGGAUGAGAUGAGCAUCGUCAUCAAGGACAUGCAUGUACGAGGUGCUGGCCUCAUAGGCUGUGCUGCCGCAUAUGGGAUGUACCUGAGCCUUCGUGAGCUGAGCAAGACUAGCAGUGCUAAAGAGGUUCGGGAGCGCCUUGAGCAUGCCUCACAACAGCUGCGGGCAACUCGCCCGACAGCAGUGAAUCUCCGAGUCGGUGUUGAGAAGGUUGCGAAAGCCGUGGAAAGCGUCCUGGAACCGAAUGGUGGCAGACUAGAGGCUGCGCUGGGCGCUGCUCGCAAGGAAGCCGCCAGAAUCACAGAUGAGGAUGCUGAUUUCUGCCGCCGCAUCGGUGAAGCGGGGGCAGAUCUCCUGCAGCAGCUCUACGAGAGGAAGAAGGCAUCGGCAAGUACUCCAGAAGACAAGCUGACGAUCAAUGCGAGGCUCUGCAUUGUCUCCAGCGUUUACGCGGCUUUCGACAAGGGUCUUCCGAUCCAUGUCUGGGUGGUUGACGAGACCCGACCACGGAACCAGGGAGCCUCGCUAACUGCUUGGGAACUGGCCAAGCAUGGAGUGGCGCACACCGUCAUCGCCGACAAUGCUGGUGGUCAUCUCAUGAGGACCGGACUAGUGGACGUGGUCAUCACCGGUGCAGAUCGAGUCUCGAGCUGCGGAGAUGCCUGCAACAAAAUCGGCACGUACUUAAAGGCCCUGGCGGCCAAAGACAACAACUUGCCGUUCUACGUUGCUCUGCCGUCCAGUACGAUCGACUGGCGUCUUAAAGACGGGGCAGACAUCCCUAUCGAACAGCGUGGUGACGAAGAAGUAAAGUACGCGGAGGGCCUCUGUGAGGAUGGUAAGCGUCGCAAGGUCCUCCUGACCCCGGCAAACAGCUCAGCUGGCAAUUGGGCGUUUGAUGUGACACCAUCACGCCUGGUCACCGGACUGCUGACGGAGCGUGGUCUGUCGGAAGCGUCGGAGAAGGGCCUCGCCGCUCUUUUCUCCGAGGCACACAUGGCCUUCAGAGGCAAUUCUUCUGAUGCUUUCUGUGUCAUCCCCAUCAGGCUGAUCGGACCUGACGUGCCUCAGUCAUGCUUGAAAAGAACACGACAUCUUGCCUUGCAGAUGACGGCUCCCGAGUCUUCAUUCCAAGCUUAG